CCUCGGUGGAGAGUAUCGGACUUCCUGCUUCGCUCUGCGCUGUGUUGCUCCGCUAGACCGCUGCACGCAAAGCUCUCUGGAUCUCACAGAGGAAGCGAGGCAGUAGUUAGGUAACGGCCCGUUUUAGUGCUCUGUCCCCCGCUGUGAUUAGCACACGAACGAGGUGAAUUAACACCUCGUCGAAACCGAGGCGGCAGAGAACGCGCGAGCCGAGCCGAGCCGAGCAGCUGGGAGCAUCUGACCGCAGAUCAGUGAGGUUAGCUGGGAUUGCGCUAACAGACGGAGCGGCGGAGGAGACACGUUGCUGUGUUUUUAACUUCCCAGGGCUCGAAACUACGCGAAGACUUCAAGGAACUUUUCUCCACAAACCUAGAGAGUGAGAGCAUGCGGUCGGAGCCCCGGGCGUUGUAGGAUGAAGAGCCCGGCGCACCGCACCAGGGACAUCGAGAGGCAGGCUGGCUACCUGAGGCCCGAGCACUGCGCCCCUCCCCCGCCCCGCAACGGCUCCGGCACCAUGUGGUUCAUCCGCGACGGCUGCGGCAUCGUGUGCGGCGUCAUCACCUGGUUCCUGGUCUUGUACGCCGAGUUUGUGGUGAUGUUCGUCAUGCUGCUGCCCGCCAAGAACGUCAUCUACAGCCUCUUCAACGGGGUGAUCUUCAACGGCCUCGCCAUCCUCGCCCUCGCCUCUCACGCCAAGGCCAUGUGCACAGACCCGGGAGCCGUGCCUAAAGGGAACGCUACCAAAGAAUUCAUCGAAAGCCUGCAGCUCAAACCAGGACAGGUGGUGUACAAGUGUCCCAAGUGCUGCAGCAUAAAGCCCGACAGAGCGCACCACUGCAGUGUGUGCAAACGCUGCAUCAAGAAGAUGGACCACCACUGUCCCUGGGUGAACAACUGUGUCGGAGAGAGCAACCAGAAAUACUUUGUGCUCUUCACGAUGUAUAUUGCACUAGUAUCCUUCCAUGCGCUAAUCUUGGUUGCCCUCCAUUUUGUGUUCUGCUUUGAAGAAGACUGGACAAAGUGCAGUAACUUCUCUCCUCCAGCAACGGUCAUCCUCCUCAUCAUCCUCUGCUUCGAGGGUCUCCUCUUUCUGAUCUUCACCGCAGUCAUGUUUGGGACCCAGGUCCACUCCAUCUGCACCGACGAGACGGGUAUCGAACAGCUCAAGAAGGAGGAGAAACGAUGGGCCAAAAGGUCCAAAUGGAUGAAUAUGAAGCUGGUGUUUGGUCACCCGUUCUCGAUAGCCUGGAUGAGUCCCUUCGCAACACCCGAUCACGGCAAGGCGGACUUGUACCAGUACAUCGUGUGAAAGCUGGACGUCUAACCGAGCUCUGCCGCUGUGGACUUCCUGGUCUGCCCCUACUAUUGGCUGGACCACGACGAGCAUGAACUCCUCUUAACCACUUCUACGUUUUCUUUCGUUUGUGGAUAUUAUUUCAGGGUGUUCGGUUGUUGAAAUGUUUAUUUAACAAAACAAAAAAACAACCUUCACCUUCUUUCUAUUUUAUUGUUUCCCUCUUGAUGCUGACUGAGAUUAUCGAGGCGCUGCUCUGCAAAAAAACAAGAAAGAAAAAAACAUCUCUAACUAAGCUGCGGCAACUUGACAAGAAGCACUUAAUAAGAGUUGGUGAAACGCCACUAAGAGACUGACUGUCUUCCUGCGGUAUGUCUGAUCAUUUCCUGCUAUCAAGACUACACAAUGUGAACGCCAAACUGAAGUCCAAAAA